UCAUUUCUGCUCUAUCUGCUCAAAACCCUUCACACCGAGGAUACAUCACCAGAGGACUGCAACUAACUAAGUAAGUAGUUACUAUAAGAUAGUGUUCAUUUUCUAUAAUGCAUUUCUUUUAAGUUGGUUGCUCACAGACUGAGAAUAUUAGACAAAUCAAAAAAAUCAGGAACUGCACCUUUUUUUUUAGACAAAGAGAGACAUGGGCACGGGCACACACAGAGACGGGGGCAGCUUUACUCACUGUUCCUGUGCAGAAACCACUUUUUAUUUUCAACUUACUGCUAAACAGUGCUGUAAAAUAGAUAAGUGCAAAAACUCCUGCUCUUUCAGAAUCUACGCCUGUACACAUUUAGUUACAAUUAUGUAAAAAAGGACAAAAUAGUCACUAGGAAGUUUUUGUUCUUUUUUCACCAUGUGCCUCACUCACUGGGGGAAACUUGCUCCUGUAUUUAGCAGCAUUUACAUCAUUUAUACACGAGUUAACAGAAAUCAACCAUGACAGGUUUGGGAGUUUAAGAUAUAAAACAGGACUUUGAAAAUUUCCAGAGUAACAAAGGAGAGGGGAACAUCACAACUGGUCUUGCUACCUCAAAUCUCAGAACCCACCGGUUCUGUUUGACAGCAACAAGUUACUUCCCGAGCCUUUCGCUGCACACAACAGUAAGAAACGCAUGAUUUUCUGUCCAGACCUCCUUUCCCCAAUCCAAGCAUUGGAAAUUGGCAAAUUACAACAUCACAUAUGACUAUAGGGCAAGUUUAUCAAUAUUUAAGGUUAGCUCACAUUUAUUUUCUAUUAUUUACAUAUUUCAGCUGGUCUGCAAAACACUGUAGCUGCUCUUAUGCGUCUUCAGCCUCCUGUUUCCUCUCUUGUGUAUUUUCUGUACUUUAAAGUGUGAGCAUGUGCUAUGUUCAGUCUUUGUUCAGUAUGUUCUCACACCUUCAGCUCUGUCGGGGACCACAAUGUCCUACACUGUUAUGUGGUCGAACAUCGACGGUUCACUGUGUGUGCUACUCAUCAAAAACAAAGCAACACUACGAGGAUUAUGACACUGUUAACUAUGUGUGAAAGUUUAAAUGGUUUAAAGGCUUUCGAAGUGUAUGAUGAAAGGGCAAAGGAUAACUUCUGUGGCAAGUAACAGGUUAAUUUGCUUUAAAAGGUUUGCUUUCAGAGGAAGUGUCUUAAGGCUCCUUAUCUGACAAAACUGCACAGCCUUCCUUAGAUAUGUCAUUCAAUAUCUUUUCUUUAUCUGAAUGCACAAAGAGGAAAUCAUGAUGAACCAUGCAAACAGGAAGACAACUAAAAUCAUAACAAUCUCAGUCUCAUUUCUCCGUUUUACAGUUUUAACAGGACAAAAAAAAAUAACAUUUUAAGUUUAAUGUUUAAAAGGAUAGAUAGAUAGAUAGAUAGAUAGAUAGAUAGAUAGAUAGAUAGAUAGAUAGAUAGAUAGAUAGAUAGAUACAUACAUAGAUACAUAGAUACAUAGAUACAUAGAUACAUAGGAAAAGUCAAAGGUGAACAGCACCACCUUGUGGUUGAAAGAGGGCACACAGGACAAUCAUUGAACUUAAUUCAAGGUGAUCAUUUUUUAAAUUUUCUCCUGUUUCUAUUUCAUUUGGACAUAUUUAUUUAAUUUCAGUUAGGACUGAACCCAGUUUUAAAAAAUAUAUAUAUUUGUUUUUUAAAUUGAUUUUUUGGUUCAAACACUUCAGUUUCAGUCAGGAGAUUUGUUGGUUCCAGUCAUAGCUCCAGUUUUUUAAAAUAUGGGAUACUUGAAAGAGUAUUGUGUAAAAAUAAUAUAUUAGUUUGUUAAUGUUAAUGAUGAACAACCACAAGUUGUCCACAAUAAACAGACUACAGCUGAUGUGUUUAAGUCAAUAUGCUUUUUUAAUAAAUAGUCCCCAAGUUGGUUCUCCCUCCUGCCAUUAGUUUUUCUUUAUUUCUUUAUUUAUUUUUAGAUAUUUAUUCAUAAUCUGUUUUUAUCAUAUCAUAUGUGUGUGUGACUGAUUCUUGUGAGCAGUUGACCACUCUUGAAUUUCCUUCGGGAUUAAUAAAGUACAUCUAUCUAUCUAUCUAUCUAACUUGUUAUAUAAUCAUUAAAGUCAGUUUUGAAACACUCAGCACAGUUUCGGGGUGCCUCUUUCUGUGUAAAUCCUUUUUAUUUUAAUCUUAGUUGAUGAAAUUUGUAUUUAUGGAGGGUAUUUUGACAGUUUUGUCAGCUAUGAAAUUGAUUAACACAAAUUUCCUCUUCUUUUUCUGCAGAGCUCACUCAUGUCUGACGCAUAUACCUUCACUGCAGCUGAGCUCAUGGAAGGCCUAGAUGACCUAUACGACAACACCUCUUACCCAGACGACGACUGUGGUCUGGAGGAUGUAUGUCAGGGGGAUGUCUGUCCACUAAAUGAGGGCAUGCAAUUUGAAGCGGUGUUCAUCCCGGUUCUGUACUCGGUUGCCUUCAUUGUGGGUGUGCUGGGAAAUGGAGUGUUGCUGGGAGUACUGGCUCGGAGCAGGAAGAGCUGGAGUGUGACAGACAACUUCAUCCUCCACUUGGGCGUGGCAGACAUCCUGUUGCUACUGACGCUGCCCUUCCAAGCCACACAGGCCGCUCAAGAUGAAGGAUGGACCUUUGGGACCCCUUUCUGCAAGAUUACAGGAACUGUUUUUACGGUGAGAGAUUUUUUGGGUUGGAAAAACCAAAGAAGUUCAUCCUGAAUAACAGUGUGAUCAAAAAUGUGCAUGUGUCAACCAGAGUAUAUUCUGGGGGUGUAUAAAUUAUGGUCCCUACUGGAUCUGUAGCACUGUAGAUAACCGAUAUAAUAUUUUAGGUAGUAUAAGUUGAGGUUCAUGGUAGUUAAUAUUCACUUUUCAUAUUUUUUGCCUUAUGUCUUUGUGGCUAUAGAUCAAUUUCUACUGUGCCAUCUUCCUCCUGGCCUGCAUCAGUCUGGACCGGUACCUCUCCAUCGUCCAUGCCGCCCAGAUGUACUCCAGCAAGAAGUCUUGGGUUGUCCACGUCAGCUGUUUGGCAGUGUGGCUCUUCUCCCUGCUCCUCUCCAUCCCUGACUGGUACUUUUUAGAGGCUGUGGGGGAUCCCUUAAGAAACAUCAAAACGAAGUGUGUUCGCAACUACUUUGCCUCUCAUGUGUCGGUGGAUAACUGGCGGCUGGGAUCGAGGCUGCUCUACCACAUCGUGGGCUUCCUCCUGCCUUCAGCUGUCCUGGUCUUUUGCUACUCCUGCAUCCUGCGGCGGCUGCAGUGUGGUUCACAGGGCCUCCAAAAGCAGAAAGCUUUCAGGGUCAUCAUGGCUGUAGUGGUGGUGUUCUUUCUCUGCUGGACGCCGUACAACAUCACCCUCAUGGUGGACACACUUCACUCUAACAAAGACUGUGGGAUCAGAGAGUCGAUGGAGAAAGCCAUUAUAGUCACGUCCUCUUUGGGUUACCUCCACUGCAGCCUCAAUCCCAUCCUGUAUGCCUUUGUGGGCGUGAAGUUCAGACGUCAGCUCGUGGACAUUUUAAGGUCUCUGGGCUGCAAGCUGAAGACAAGUGCCCAACUCAGAUCGGCCAGCAGCAAAAGAAGCUCCUUUUGGUCAGAGUCGGGCAACACUUCAAAUUCCAUCGCCGUCUGAUCAAAGAGAAACAGACAACUGAUCAGAAGUGUAUAAAAGAAUUAGAUGUUGACACCCAUCCAGAAAAAAAUCAAAUCCAGAAAUGCAUGAAAACUGUAUUAUUUACAUGGCCUGCAGGGUAGGACUCUUCUGGUUCAUAAAGGAUCCUUUCAUAACCAUGGUACGCUUUGGGUGUGGCUACUUGAGACUGAGAGGUUUCUUCCUUAAAAUCCAAAUUUUUCCAACAUUCAGUUGUACAAAAAGAAGCUCUAGUGAGUCUUGAUUUCAGGAUGUUCAAGGUCUAUUUUCUGCAGUCAAAUGUAACCUCUGAACUGACACUUUUGCAGGCAAUAGAUAAAGGUUGAGUGCUGCUGGCCCAUCCCACCAAUUUAAAGCUUGAUCCAUAAUGGCAACUGGACUUGGUUGGAUUUUAAAAGACAUUUCACCGCUUGUCUGAAAGAUUUCUUCAGCUUUAAGGCAACUGUUGGACAUGAGCCUCUUUGGGUUUUAUAUGCAAAUGGUCAUAUGAGAGCACCGUUAAAGUUUUACACCCACUGACUGUACAUAAAGUCCACACACUUGAUCAAACUUCAAACGGAAAUGAAGACAGAGACAUCCCCCUGUUCAGAUUAGCCCACUCUUUGUAAUUUACUUUGUUUUAUUUUAGACUGUGUUUGCCUUCAUCUCAUUGUUUUAUUGUCGUGUUUUUAUCCGUAAAGUGACCUUGAGUUGUUAGAAAGGCACUUAUAAAUAACGUGUUAUCAUUAUUAUUAUUAAAGACGUGUAUAUAAUGUGUGUAUAUCCUGUGUUUUACUGUUAAAGGCAUUACUUUCAUAUCAUUUCCUUAGGUCCGCAUUAUACUGGCAGCUAAACAAGAUCAUGACCACUAGUUGCAAGGAAAUAAUUUUGUGGUCACACAUGUGUGCUUGUGGCAACAAUCUAUUUUACUCAUCAGAGCAGAAAUGUCACAGUUCCUCUCUCUCGCUCUCUCUGUCUCUAAAUAUGUGCAUAUAUGUACACUGCAGUAUGUAUCACUGCUGAAGCUUUUUUCUGAUUAUUUUUGUAAAUGAAAAUAAAAAAUGACAAACCUGAA